GUUUUAUCUCAGCUGUAUCCACCUUAUAUGGCGUGCCUUUCUCACUUUCCUUUGUCGGCAAUUUCCCGAGAAACAAACUGAAAAUUUAUACCAAGUUACCAACUUCAUUCGGAAAAAAGAAAAAGAGAAAAUAAGGUUAACGUAAUCUUACUUAUGGAUCAUUCAAAUGCCGCUCAACGUCGCAUUAAAGCCGUUCAAGCUCACCUCGUCUCCUCGGUCGAUUCUGUUUCUCAUCUCAGUCUUUAUCCGACCGCCGGAGAGUUCGUCUCCGAGCAGGGGUACAGUGUUGUGCUUCCAGAGAAACUGCACACAGGAAAGUGGAAUGUAUAUAGGUCAGCUCGCUCUCCGUUGAAGCUUGUGAGUAGAUUUUCUGAGCAUCCUGAAAUUGCUACAUUGCACGACAAUUUUGUGCAUGCUGUUGAUACUUUUCGAGACUACAAAUAUUUGGGUAACCGCAUCCGGGUUGAUGGGACAGUUGGAGAGUACAAAUGGAUGACAUAUGGAGAAGCUGGUAAUGCUCGGACAGCUCUAGGUUCUGGUCUCCUUUAUCAUGGAAUUCCAAAGGGAUCUUGCAUUGGAAUUUAUUUCAUCAAUAGACCAGAGUGGCUCAUUGUUGAUCAUGCCUGCUCUGCAUAUUCUUUCAUAUCUGUUCCUUUAUACGAUACUCUUGGUCCAGAUGCAGUAAAGUACAUUGCAAACCAUGCUUCUAUUAAAGCCAUAUUUUGUGUGCCCGAGACAUUGAAUUCUUUGCUGAGCUUCUUGGCUGAGAUCCCAACUGUUAGUCUAGUUGUGGUUGUUGGUGGGAUGGAUGAUCAAAUGCCAUCUCUUCCAUCUUCAACCGGAGUUCAGGUUGUAACAUAUACCAAAUUACUUAGUCAGGGCCGCAGCAACCCUCAGCCUUUUUCUCCACCAAAUUCUGAUGAUGUGGCAACAAUUUGCUACACAAGUGGUACAACUGGGACACCAAAGGGUGCUGUGUUGACCCAUGGAAACUUGAUUGCAAAUGUUGCUGGGGCCACUUUCUCUUACAAAUUCUCCCCCUCUGAUGUGUAUAUAUCCUAUCUUCCUUUGGCGCAUAUUUAUGAACGAGCGAAUCAAAUCAUGAUAGUUUAUUUUGGAGUUUCUGUUGGAUUUUACCAAGGGGACAACAUGAAACUAAUGGAUGAUUUGGCAGCUCUAAGACCCACUAUAUUCUGCAGUGUUCCUCGUCUGUAUAAUAGAAUAUAUGCUGGCAUCACAAAUGCUGUGAAGACAUCUGGCGUGUUAAGGGAGAGGCUGUUUUAUGCAGCAUACAACUCUAAGAAGCAAGCACUAUUGAGUGGUAAGAAUCCAUCUCCCAUGUGGGAUAAAUUGGUAUUCAACAAGAUAAGAGAAAAACUUGGAGGACGAGUUCGUUUUAUGUGUUCAGGUGCUUCACCAUUAUCUCCUGAUGUCAUGGACUUUUUGAAAAUCUGCUUUGGUGGGCGAGUAACUGAAGGAUAUGGAAUGACUGAGACUUCAUGUGCUAUAAGUGCUAUGGAUGAGGGUGACAACCUCACUGGUCAUGUUGGCUCUCCAAGUCCAGCGUGUGAGGUCAAGCUUGUGGACGUCCCAGAGAUGAAUUACACGUCUGAGGAUCAGCCUUAUCCUCGUGGUGAAAUCUGUGUUAGGGGCCCCAUUGUUUUCAAGGGAUAUUAUAAAGAUGAAGUCCAAACGAAAGAAAUUAUUGAUGAAGAUGGAUGGCUUCAUACUGGAGACAUAGGGUUGUGGUUACCUGGAGGUCGUCUAAAGAUUAUUGAUAGGAAGAAGAACAUCUUUAAGCUAGCUCAGGGAGAAUACAUUGCUCCAGAGAAAAUUGAGAAUGCAUAUGCCAAAUGCAAGUUUGUUGCCCAGUGUUUUGUCUACGGUGACAGUCUAAAUUCUUCUGUGGUAGCUGUUGUCUCAGUGGAUCACGAUGUUCUAAAAGGAUGGGCAGCAUCUGAAGGCAUUAAGUACAAAGAUCUAGAGCAGCUGUGCAAUGACCCAAGAACAAAAGCUGCUGUCCUGGCUGACAUGGAUGCUACUGGGAGAGAAGCGCAGCUGAGAGGUUUCGAAUUUGUUAAAGCUUUGACAUUGGUGCAUGAACCGUUCACGCUGGAAAACGGUCUGCUCACUCCUACCUUUAAGAUAAAGAGACCUCAAGCAAAGCAGUACUUUGCGAAAGCAAUAUCAGAUAUGUAUGCACAGCUAGCUACGGCUGAGCCCGAUUCCUCUCUGCGGACAAAAUUGUGAAAUGCGUAAGAAAACAGGGAAAUGUUGAAAUCCAUAUUUAUGUUGGUUUGAAUAUUAUUCUGAUGUUUAUUUAAAUAGUAUAUUGGUUGGAUCGGGGUUAACCUGGACUCCUUUUACCGGUCUAGGUCGACUCAGAUUUGAAAACAUUGGUGAUUGGACUCCACAAAGCAAAUUCUUCUUUUUUA